ACGCAGAAUUUCCUACAUAAAAUAACAAACAUUCCUCAAAUAAUCUAAUUUGCGUUAAUCAUCGUUUUCUGCUCUUAUGAAGUAAUAUUUCAUAAAAAUAAAAAAAUCGCUGCGUUCUUGCGUUCCUAGCUCGCUUGUUUCUACCCGGUCAGGUUACGCAGAGGGACCGAGGCAACAUGACGGCGGUGGAUGAAAACACGGUUCAGACUGCGGGAGAAGGAGCAGAAAAUGACGAAGAGGCCAAACUACAGCUGUUAAAAGGUGCAGCCUUUCUGACCACGGUGGCGUCUGCAGGGAUGAUGGCAGGAUUUGGCUCCACGCUGGCGCUGGCCAAGAAGAAGAGCCCGGAGUGGUUCAGUAAGGGCGUGGCGGCGACGACGGCGGCCCCGGAGAGCGGCGCCUCUCUGGCCCUCAGAGCUCUGGGUUGGGGCUCCCUGUACGCCUGCUGCGGCGUCGGCCUGCUCAGCGUCACCGUGUGGAAAGUCCUCGGCGUUCACAGCUUACCAGAGUUCAGACGGAAGAUGCAGUCCUUCUUCCCGUCCAUCCCAAAGACCCCAGAACCGGCAGCUGGAUCUGAACCCGUGGACUGGGACGCCGUCUUCAAGUCAAAGUGAGCUGCUGCUGGAGGACCAAUCAAACGAGACGACAGAGAGACACUGAAAACACUGCGGAGAGACUCUGAGAAACCUCCGCUGGCGUGUUUCUGAAGAGCGGCCGAGACCGGAGAGUCUGGGUCCUGGUCCCAGGUCCCAGGUCUGGGUCCUGGUCCUGGUCCCUCCUGGUUGUAAAUAUUUGUGGGUUUUUAAAAGAAGCAGAACUGAAAACAUGUUGAAUUCUGUCUGAUGUGAAUCGUGAUGAACUGAAGUCCAGACCUGGUCUGUAAAGGUCAGAGGUCACGGUGACGCGUUGGCUUGAUGUAGGACGUCAUGGCGUCUAAAAUAAAGUGUUUCAGCCGUUCUGUGUCUCAGCAGGAGGAACACGUUCAGUCUGAACACACGAGCCCUUUAGUGGAGCUUUCCGCCACAUCACAUGGUCUUCCUCAGCAGACAGACGGCGUCCUGGUUGGUGCUCGAAUUUCCUGUUUUUUUUUGGAAGCACUUAAAGUAAAAAGGCAACAACCAGGACGCCGUCUGUCUGCUGAGGAAGACCAUGUGAUGUGGCGGAAAGCUCCAGGUAGAGACUCGACGAACAUCUGAGCGUCACUUCGACGCAGAAACUGUUUGUUGUGACGACUUUAUGAAGUUAUUAAAAGAUUAUUAAACCAAGUUUCAGCCGUCUGCUCUGUGAUGAACUCAUGAAAUAUCAGUAGAAAUCGUGUACAAAUACUACAAGUAUAAGUCCUGCAUUCAGAGUUUUACUUGUGUAAAAGUAUUUAAAGGAUCAAAAGUAAAAACUGUGUGUGCAGAAUAAAACAAUGUUUACUGUAUAAA